AUGACACAAGACGAGACGGGGGUGUCUACUCCCAAGGAAAAUGUUCCGUCAACGCCCCAGAUCACCGUUAGUGACGGAUUACGAUUGUUGGCCAGCGCCAAUUUCUCGUCUGACUCAAUCAACGAACAAACCGUUGAAACAAUCAAUUUCACGAACCAGACCCUCAUGAGCCCCUUACAACCCACCAACCGAAGAUACUCUAAUAACAGCACCACAUCUCCAAAGUUGAACGCACGCACGAGGAGGCCACGGCCUGUUUCUGCGUUCUUGCUUGAUUCCAGUAACUCGAUUUCCGAAGAUGGAACACCCAUCCAGUUUGAUAAUACCCCUAGAAGCAGGAACUCCAUGACGUUUGGAAACAGCAGUCCGUUUAAUUAUAAUCCAACGUUUGAACUUCCAAUGCCACCACCACCACCACCACCUCCUCCUCCUCCUCCUUCCCUUGCAAUUAGAAGUACUUCUCCUGUUCGAGCGGCUCGUGCUCCUGGCUCACCAAUAAAGAACUACUCACCGUUCAAUUUUCAACCCCAAGAAGUCAACGUGGGUGGUGCAGCAGCUGGACCUACCACUAAUGGUCAUCGUCAGACUCCCAGCACGGGGCAACUGUUGAAACCAGCCCAUCGUAAGGGUCACAAGUACAAACACUCGUCGGUGUCCAUGAACUUCUUUCAAGAACCACCACCGGUGGAAAUUCAAACAUCGGGCCAAAUCGUGGGCAUGCCUGACCAUUUCCCCGUGCCUACUUUCAAAGAGACUAUCAACUCAAUCACGCAUACGCAGAAACUACGUUUAGGCUGGGCGUGUUUCCAUAUUGGCAUCUCGGUGAUUAUUUUCCUCAUUGGGUUUCACUAUAAAUUGCCUUCAUUGUCUACAUUGGCCCACUUGGUAUUUUACGAUGCCAUCGGGUCAAGCCUAAUUGUGGUGGUGGAUAUAAUGUCUAAUUUCGACGUGUGGAAUACCAGCUCAAUAACGUAUCCGUUUGGAUUGGGUCGGGUUGAAGUGUUGGCCGGGUUUGCCUUGAGUAGUUGGUUAAUCAUGGUGGGGUUUGACUUGUUUAGUCAUUUAGUCGAGGAAGCAAUAUUCCUUUGGGUGGCUACUACCAAUGAUGGCCACGAUGAACAUGGAGCGUCACAUCAUGUCCAUGCUGAAGUGGGGGCAAGUACGAAUUGGAUGGUUUAUGAGGCUGUGUUAGCGCUAGCCAUGGUUGUUUGUUUGGUAUCUUCAAACUUGAUUCUUAGCUACGAUAGAAUUAGUGAGAUGAUGAGCAAAUCUGAACUGGUUGCGAAAUCAGACCUGACUACUAAUAAAGGGUUGUUACUGGACGAACCUGCAAUCAAGCAUAAUAAACUCAAAAAGAUACUCCAGACAUGGAGAAAGAAUCCCACCCAUCUUGUCACGAUCACAUACACUUUAUUCCUAGCGUUAUCACCAGUCAUCCCACAAAGUCUCACUUCUGAAUUAGCCGUUGACAUCAAUGAAAUAGGCACAUUCCUCGUGGCCACUUUUCUUUGCUAUAAUGGAUGGAAAUUGGUCAAGUCAUUAGGAGGAAUCUUACUUUGUUCAUUCCCAUAUUCCGACCACAAGUAUCAUUUAGUCAAGGCAAAAAUCAUGAGUGUUAUUGAACAAAGUGAUUUCUUUAGACGGGAGUACACUGUUGAUCGGUUCUUUAUCACCAAGUUUAAUUAUCGUGUGUUUGUCGUGGGGAUGAAGAUAAGCAUGAAUGGUGCUGAUGCCGACGAAGAAAUUAGAGUUCGGUUUGAAGUUAAUAGAAUAAUAACAAGGGAAUUGGAAAAGUUGGAAGGUAGCAAAGUUUCACAGGAGAUUACUAUUGAUAUUGAUAGGUUCUAG